AUGUUGAGCGUGUUGUGUUUUAAGGUUUUGAGGAAAAUGCAGAGACGGCACAGCAGCAACACUGACAACGUUCCUCCUGAAAGAAACCGGAGCCAAACAGUCAGUUCUGAAACCAGCGUGGAUGAAAGUGGAGUUUUUGAAAGUCUGAAGGCUGAAGCUUCCUCACCACAACAGCUGUUCUCAGGCCUGGCAGGUAUCCCGUCGGGCACCAUCACAGCCACGCCGUUCCAGUCAGGUUUGGUUCUGGGCUCUUCAGCAGGAGGUGGGGAAGUAUUCAUUCAGAUGCCAGCCCCGAGGGAGGAGGGGACCAGUCGUACAGAAGGAGCCCCGUUUCACCACCGGCAAUCGUCCCAUCAUUUCCACCAUGGCCAUCACCGGGGUUCGUCUCUACUGCACAUGGCAGGAGGAGACCGCCACGGGCACGCUGAGGAAGGCAGUGACGAACAGGCUGGGACUCCAGCCCCAGCUCUUUCAGAGUUAAAAGCUGUGAUCGGUUGGCUGCAGAAGGGACUUCCCUUCAUAUUGAUCCUCCUGGCCAAAGUUUGUUUCCAGCAUAAGCUUGGGAUUGCUGUGUGCAUUGGUAUGGCCAGCACGUUCGCGUACGCCAACUCAACGCUCCGAGAACAGGUAGCUCUGAAGGAGAAGAGAUCGGUGUUGGUUGUCUUCUGGAUCCUGGCCUUCCUCACUGGAAACACCUUGUACUUGCUUUACACAUUCAGCUCUCAGCAGCUGUACAACAGCCUUAUAUUUCUGAAACCCAACCUUGAGAGGCUGGACUUCUUUGAUCUCAUGUGGAUUGUGGGGACUGCAGACUUUGUGCUGAAGUACCUCACCAUAGCAUUGAAAUGCCUGAUUGUUGCCCUGCCUAAGAUCAUCCUAGCUGUCAAGUCAAAGGGAAAGUUUUAUCUGGUUAUUGAGGAGCUGAGCCAGCUGUUCCGCUCACUUGUGCCCAUCCAGCUAUGGUAUAAAUACAUCAUGGGAGAUGAUCCGUCCAGCAGCUACUUCCUAGGUGGGAUCCUCAUCAUCCUGUAUAGCCUCUGCAAAUCUUUUGACAUCUGUGGUCGUGUGGGAAGUGUCCGGAAGGCGCUGAAGGUCCUUUGCACCCCACAGACCUAUGGAGUUCGUGCUACCAGCCAGCAGUGCAGUGAGGCAGGUGACAUCUGUGCCAUUUGCCAAGCAGAAUUCAGGGAACCUUUGAUCCUUAUGUGCCAGCAUGUGUUUUGUGAAGAGUGCCUCUGCCUCUGGUUUGACAGGGAGAAGACCUGUCCUCUUUGCCGUUCUGUCACAGUAGAAACCCUGCGUUGCUGGAAAGAUGGCACCACUUCUGCUCAUUUCCAAGUGUAUUAA